UCUCCUUCUAACAUAAUUAUAUCUAAGCUCUUUAAUUUCUUCUUCUCAAAUCCUUUCUUUCCUUUUUCCUGUAUCCCUAUCCUUCUUUCCCCAUUUUUAUCAAGUGGGGAACAUUUUCUCAGUUCAUUUACCACCAAGAAACAUAUAAAAAUGGAAUAUGAUAAGUGUUACAGAUCAAAGGCACAAAUUCCAAAUUUUGAUUGUCUUCUUUUUGAUCUUGAUGACACUUUGUAUCCUUUAAGCUCUGGCUUAGCAACAGCUUGCAAAAACAACAUACAUGCUUAUAUAGCUGAAAAACUUGGGGUAGAAACCAGCAAAAUCCCAGAAUUGAGCAACUUACUUUACAAGAAUUAUGGAACAACAAUGGCUGGUCUCAGAGCCAUUGGCUAUGACUUUGACUAUGAUGAAUAUCAUAGGUUUGUCCAUGGGAGACUGCCUUAUGACAACCUAAAACCUGAUCCCAUUUUAAGAAACCUUCUCCUAACCCUACCAUACAGGAAGCUUAUAUUUACCAAUGCAGACAAAGAUCACACAGCCAAAGUACUGAACAAACUUGGAUUAGAAGAUUGCUUUGAAGGCAUUAUAUGCUUUGAAACCCUCAAUUCUCCACAAAAAAGCUCUGUUUUAGAUGAAAAAGAGCAUAUUCCAAGCAGUGAGAUUUUUGAUAUAAUUGCCCAUUUCUCUCAACCAAAUCACCCUCUAAUGGAGUUGCCUAUUACACCUAUCGUUUGUAAACCAUCAGAAGCUGCCAUUGAAUGGGCUCUCAAGAUUGCAAACAUUGACCCUCAAAGAACAUUGUUUUUUGAAGAUAGCCUUAGGAACAUUCAAGCAGGCAAGGGACUUGGGCUUCAAACUGUGUUGGUUGGGACAUCCCAUAGAAGUAAAGGAGCAGAUUAUGCAAUUGAAAGCAUUCACAACAUAAAGGAAGCAAUACCAGAGCUUUGUGAAGUUGAAAUGAAAUCAGAACUCAAUUAUUCAGCCAAUAAUAACAAUGUAGCAGUGGAGACUUCUGUCACAGCUUAAUUAAUAAUUCAAACCCUAAUAUUAAAUUCUAUAUCAAAAGUUGAAUAAAGUUGUUAUGUACAAAUUAAUUAUCAAGUGUCAUCCUCUGUUCUUGGCCUCCUCUUCUAACAAUAAUAAUAAAUGAAAUGUUGUAUGUAGCUUUUCUAAGGGCUAAUAUA